ACCAGCAGUUUCCUACCUCACCUGCCCCGUUUGAACGGACAUUUCUUCUUCCAGGUUGAACUUCGCGCAUUCCAUCACAAGUUUGUAAACAAGUAGUUCCUCACAAGUAUCGACGGCAUAUAGAGCAAACCUCGUUGUCCAUAUCCACUUUUUACCAUUCCCCGUAUACGGAGAGAAACGCGCGAGUUGAGAGCUACAAGUUUUCCGCAAACCGUGUACAUUGCCGGAGUUCCACAUUCCUGUGAACAGAAAAACUUCCUUUCCGUGUUAUCUCCCUCUUAAUUACUUUUCUCGAUAAGUCCGGCAAGCAUGUCGACCGUUGAUGGAGCAAUGAUCAGUUCGCUAACGUCCGCUAAGAAGAUGCAAGGCUACAAAGUGACGGACAAUAAACGGUCGCGAAAAUUUGGAAUCGCCGCGAAUUCAUUGAAGAUGUUGACGGAAAGGGCUGGAACCAAGUUUAAUAUAAAAGAUUGCAGCCUUUAUCUAGCUAAAGAUGGCAUGAAAGUUACGGAUGAAGCAUACUUCGCGACUAUCGAGCCACAAACUCUAUUUGUGGCUGUUGGACCAGGAGAAAAGGAUGUUAUGACAGAGUACGACAUCACUAUGAAAAACAUCCGCGAUAACAUCGGAAAGGGAAAUCUAAAUCAUGACUACAUCCUCCAAACCUUGCUCGAGGAAUAUCCCGAAAGAUUCAGUAAAGCCAUCGCCAAAUAUCAAAAAACCUAUUUCCAGGAUCGAUCUAAACUCGAUUUUAGCCUAAGAUCAGAACAUGAAGAAUGGUUUCGAGGAACAGAAAAGACUUGCAAAACAAAAGAGGAAGCAAUGGGAAAACGUGCUCAGGAUCGCAUUCGUGGAUAUUACUACAAGACCAAGGAGGAGAUCAUUAAAUCCGAUCUAUACGAAACAAAUGAAAAAGCUCGACAAAUGUUCCAUCGCAUCCUCGACAUAUUUCGUUAUCUGUUAAUUGGCUGCAACUACUUCUCAAUGAUGUUCGAUCGAAAGUGCAAACGCAAGCACCCAUCUCUGCAGGAUCAGACGGAUGCAAGCGCAUUGCCUAGUAAACGAAUGCGCCAAAUGAUCAAAGAAUAUGCAACACGAACUGAAAUGUUCGAGGACUGGUCAGUAUCAUUGUGCAAUGAUAGCGGUGAGUUUUUCUGCCAAGGACUAUACAGUAACACUGGAGGCUGUGAUAAAGGACACUCAAUUAAUCCUUAUAUUUGCCGAGAGAAUUUGUUGGUAUUCCAAGUCUGGAACUUGGACCAUCAAAUUGAACUCGCCCGGACUAUUGUCCCGUCGCUAAUUGAGAAUGUUCGCAGUUUAUUGGAGAAUCCUAAUCAAAAGUGCCCACUGCACGGCAAAAAGGUGAAGGAUGUUAAUAUCAUCGAGUAUUUUCUCGAAUUGUUUAGUGUGAAGAAUUUGAAACUGGUGUACAUCGUGUGUCACGACAAAACCCAGAGGAAAAAUUCAUCGAAUGGACGAUUGGUUUGUGACAAGUGCAGCGAGUACAAUCUAAUAAAAGAUUUCACGGACUUUACGGAGAGUAUAGACUGUUGAUAUAAUUUGCAAAAAUAUUCGUUGAAUUGAAUGUUAUUGAAUGAGGUUGUGUUCGUGCUGUUGAAAUUGACAUAAUUCAACUCUUUGCUAUCCCUUGACCUUUUUACAAUUCGCCCGGUUUCUAUCCUCUGACAACAACAAAAUGCAAACAAAACUCAGAUAUUCACGAAAGUUAACAAUAGAAAAUUUAGCACAAAGUGACGUCAAACCUGGCCGGUUUGAUAUGCCUUGCGAACGGACCUACUGGAAAUUGGAGUUGAAUUGAACGAGGUUUUGAUGAAAAGGUGUUUGGAUAUGCAUUUUUCGAUUGAGUAAAUUCGUACUUUGAUUGUUCGUGAAUUGAAAUCGCGAUGAUGUAAUUUAGGUGAUUGUUAGUAGAGUAGAUAUUAGAAAAUUGUUAUAGUUUGAUUUGAUUUUUUAAACAUACGGGACACUACGUGGAGUGUGAAUUGUCUAGUCGGUUCAUGUAAUUUGAAUACGCUGUCGUCGGAAUCGUGGGGGCUAAAAUCGAGUGUUCUGUCUAAAAAGACUGAUAGUUUGGACUAGUCGGUUGGAUAUGGUAUGUAUGUGCAUAGUAUUGCAAGGAGCAAGGGUAAUUUGUGACGUGAAGUACAUUUUUCUGUGAGUAUGUGUCAAUCUCUACAGUACUUAAUGAUAUAUAACAAUAAUCUUUACGUGCAUUUGUCUAUGCAUUAUGACUGUGCUGGUAUGGUCAAAUCACUAACAUAUUUUGUGUAUUUUAAGAGAUAAAAAGGGAAUGGUGCCCGUAACAAAUGUGCUCAUCUACAACUUCCAUUUUAUGCUUGACUUGUUAACUGUGUUCGCUUUAAUAUGGUGUUCAAUAAAAGAGUAUAUU